AUGAGUUUAAGGGAACACCAGUUGUAUGCUAAGUUGUCAAAGUGUGAAUUUUUGUUAGAAAAGGCAGCAUUUUUGGGCCAUGUGAUUUCUAAGGAUGAAGUUGCAGUGGAUCCAAGAAAGAUUCGAGCUAUGAGUGAUUGGCCAACCCCAAAGAAUGUGUCGGAUGUGAGAAGUUUCUUGGGGUUGGCAGGCUAUUAUAGAAGGUUUGUGAAAGACUUUUCAAGUAUUGCGAAUCCCAUGACAAGUUUAAGGAAAAAGGAGCAUAAAUUCUCAUGGACUCCAGAGUGUGAGGAGGCAUUUAAGAUCUUGAAAGAAAGGUUAUCCACAGCACUUGUGCUGGCUUUGUCGGAUGGAAGUGAUUUGUAUGAGGUGUAUAGUGAUGCAUCAUGGUUUGGACUAGGUUGUAAGGGUGAUUGCAUAUGCUUCAAGGCAAUUGAAGGCCCAUGA